GCCUCGGAUCGACCAGUAUUCUUUCCGAGUUCCCAACGGCCGAGUCUCGUGGACAGAGCGCGCGCACACGCCACCGACAGUCCGAUCAGUAGUGCCCAGACCGUUUCAGUGUUCGGAUCGUUCCAGACCGUUUCCCCUGUCGUAGCCGAGGUACCAACCACCAACCACCACCACAUAGCCAUGGCUGAUGAUGAGGCAAAGAAGGCGAAGCAGGCCGAGAUCGAGCGCAAGCGCGCCGAGGUGCGCAAGCGCAUGGAGGAAGCCUCGAAGGCCAAGAAGGCCAAGAAGGGCUUCAUGACUCCAGAGCGCAAGAAGAAGCUCCGGUUACUUCUGCGCAAGAAAGCCGCUGAGGAACUGAAGAAGGAACAGGAGCGCAAGGCGGCCGAACGUCGGCGCAUCAUCGAGGAGCGUUGCGGCAAGGCGAAGAACCUGGAGGACGCCAACGAAGACCAGUUGAAAGACAUUGUUAAAGAAUAUUACAACCGUAUGUACACGUGUGAAGGCCAGAAAUGGGAUUUGGAAUAUGAGGUCCGGAAAAGAGAUUGGGAGAUUUCCGACCUGAAUGCCCAGGUUAACGACCUGCGCGGUAAAUUCGUCAAGCCAACGCUCAAGAAGGUCUCGAAGUACGAGAACAAGUUCGCCAAGCUCCAGAAGAAGGCCGCCGAGUUCAACUUCCGCAACCAGCUCAAGGUUGUCAAGAAGAAGGAAUUCACCCUGGAGGAGGAGGACAAGGAGGCAAAGAAAUCGGAGAAGGCUGAUUGGCAGAAAAAGUAGAGUAGCGGAUGGCGGCGCGUGCACCGAGAUAGCACCACCUAGCAAAUAGUCCCGCCAUACCCGAUGGCAACAAACUCCCACACAACCCACACACACACACACCACAGGCACACACACACACACACACACCACACACGCCACAGAUACCCAAAGUCACGCAAGUCAGUCCUCCCCCACACCAAACACAGACAAGCACACAGCCUCAUGCAGGAAGCCGAUCGAGAUCCUGAUCCAGAUUGCCCUUUCCAACUUCGCGGAGUACGGAGCCUUGGAACAAAUAAAUCCAACACACACAUGAAACACACACACAGGCAAAUAAAUAAAUCAAUCUAAGGCCGAUCAAACCGAUGUAUGCUAGCUAUUUGGUCUGUGUCGAAUUUCGUCUGGCGUCCGCUCUAGGACUUAACCUGUUUCGGUUCUACGCGCGGUUCUCCAGUGGCUAGAGCAAAGCUCUCUCUCUCGCUCUCUCUGUCGCGAGAUCCAGGCUUCGUCUUCCAUUGUUAUGUUGUUGAAGGUGGUGGUGGUGGUGCUGCUGCUGCUGACUCCGCCGGGGUUGAUACCAGCUGCGGCUGAGCGGCUAAGCCCAGCGUGUAUCUGCGUACUUGAGAGUUCCAACAUCCAAAUUCCGUCCCCCAAGCAAACCCAAGAGCUGUACCUUCCUAUCGGCCUACCUACACGAACACACCUACAUACAAGCACACCAGUAGAGGAGAUAUCAGAGGUAUCAGCUCUCGCUCAGAAGAAGCCGGACUGGUCCAAGAAGGGCGACAGCAAGGUAAAAGAGGAAACGGCCGAAGCGGUUGAGGCCGAGGCAUGAACGGCAGCUCGCCGCAGCUGACGAACCCCUACGCCCGCCCGUCCCGAAGUCCACAAACCUCUACACACCUCCGACCCGUACCUUCUCACCCUUCCCAUGUGCCCACAUGUGUCUGCUCACCACCAGCAAAAGUGUCUUUGGAGAAAGGGAGACGAUCAAAAACAACACUUUCGGUGUUCUGUGUGCAUCCUACUCGUUUUGUACCCGUAACCGUCUCCGUAACACGAUUUUCAUAAUAAAGAUAUAUGUGAACCAAUGAACCAGCCACACGACCAAUGUCCAGCCGAGUCCAGCUGAGCGAAGGGAACCGUACCGAAUGCGCAGACUGGUAACCCGACCAGUGUUGCCAGCCAGUGUCACUCCAACUGUGCCUCGAUGUUCCUCGGUGGAGAACGAACCGGACCCGGGUGUCUGCAGCGCACGAAUCCACCGUUCCAUCUGGUCGGCCAUUCACUGUGGUAACUCUGGCAACACCUAGACACAACUUCCCCGCCAACUUCGGCUCUUUUCCCUGUGCUCUGUUCACCACCAGUUUGUGCUGUUUAAUAAAGAGUUCCAAUGA